AAAUUAUAAAACAUCUACAAAGUCUUUAUGAGAAAUUAGAAAUUCAACUCCGAUUUCCUCAUUUCAAUUUUCUUCACCCAUGAAAGAUAACAAAAAGCUCGCCCAGUAAUAAAAACAGAAAUGUAAUAAAAAUAGCCACACCCUUAACAAAACUUCCCUAAAACCCAAUCCAAUGUUCAUCAAGUCGAUAGUUCAUACAACCUGUUACAUCCCAACUUACAAGAAGUCAUUUGUUCACGGGUGCGAAAGGUCGAAAGGCUAGGCUGGAUGCCAAGUUUUGACGCUCGUCUCAAUCGUGAGGGCGGAAGGGCACGAUUGUAGACGCCAAAGCUUGCGAGGCAUCCGAAACUUGUUGUUCUGAAGAGAGUAAUCGAUCUAGUUCGAAUCGUGAUCCAAACAGCAGACACACAGUCUGAUCAAGAUUCUUCGGAAAUUAAAUGACACGAAAUUGAAUGAAAUAAAAUUGAAAUACAUGAAUGAAAACUAAAUAACUUCUCCACAAUUUACAAAACUUAUAUUUGAUCAAGAUAAUCCGUCGAUCCGUUAAUAACCGCAAGACUCAAUGGCGUAGUCUAAAAGUACGGUGUACAAAGGUAGUUAGAUAGCGAGCCCCGAAAUAGCUACGCCAUAUGGCGGGGGUCGUCGCCGCAGAUUCGUCGGUCCGCGUUUUGACGUAUUCAACGUAUUCGGGUAUCGGGAAACGUUAACGUCGGCCUCCGCCGAAUCUUCCGAAGAAGUCCCCACUCUGAGUAACAACCUCGAGAGGAAACCGAGUCAGAGAAUGAUUCGAGAAGAAGAGCUACUUAUCUCGACGUUCCGCAAAUAAACGGAGGACGUAGGAGUUGCGGUCACGAACAAUUCAGUGUACUCGUUCCGCGGUGCAACCGUGCGUCAGGUUAAAAUACCGAUAUGCAGUGAUCGUUUCACGUGAUUUCAAACUACGGACACCCUCGAAGAUGUCCGGCAAAGCGAGUCGAAGAUCGCGCGGGGCAAGGGUGAAUUAGACCCUAGGCAUGGCCACCUGCCACCCGAAGUCGAUUCGACAGCUCCAGCUCCAGGAGCCGAUCCUCCGAUCGGUUAACGACCUGGUCAGCCCGGGACAGAAGCCUCUGCGGACGCACUACUCGCCGCAUUUGCUCAACUGGAUCUACUUGGCGAUCGCCGACCACGAUGUCUCGGAUCAGAGCAAGCUGGUGCCCACGAUUUGGAACGGGUUCCCAAGGUCCUAUCUGCAGCGACCGAUCGGACCUGUGUCGAGCAACUUCGACGACGAAAUCACCGAUCGCUUCGCCGAUCUGAACCUGUUGGACGCGAAACCGACGAAGAGACCACCGCCCACUUAUUUAUGCCACCUCUGCUUCAAUAAGGGUCACUACAUCAAAAAUUGCCCGCAGGCACGACCGAAGGGCGAGGGUCUGACGCCAUACCAAGGGAAAAAACGAUGCUUCGGAGAGUACAAGUGUCCCAAGUGUAAACGCAAAUGGAUGUCGGGCAACAGCUGGGCCAAUAUGGGCCAAGAAUGUAUCAAAUGUCGCGUGAACGUCUAUCCUCAUAAACAGGUACGUUUACAUCGUUACUUUUCUUUCCCGGAUCGAACUGUAUUUUUAGGAGAGUUUCAAAAUACUAGCUUUGGCACGCUGCGUGACUAUUUUCCGUGGUUUACUAACUCGUUUUCAGAGGCCGUUGGAAAAGCCGGACGGGUUGGACGUGUCGGAUCAGAGCAAGGUGCAUCCGCAGCACCUGUGUCAGAAAUGCAAGACUCUAGGUUACUACUGUCGGAGAGACCAAUAAUAUUCGACUGUGUAUAAUUUCUUUAUGACAAGAACGAAUGGUAAGUGAAUGGACUCGGUAUAUAGUGAGUCUCUGAAUGACGGACCAGAAAACUUUUCCGCUUCUAACAAUACUGCGUCUUCUCUUCGUGGGCUAAUUAUAGCUGCCUGGUGUUUUGAA